CCGACGGUGGCAAGCUAACAGGAUACCAUUUAACCCAUCCAGUUAAGCCGGAGUGACCCGACCCGCCAGCAGUUCUGAUUCGACUUCUCAUCAACGGAUCUCUCUGUCUCACACACACGCCCGCAGGUUCUUGCUUGCUGAUACUGAAGAAAGCUGCUGAAUGUAAAAAGUUUGGAUCUAGCACUACCAGUAACAGAAAAUGAGGAGAUUGGGGCAUAGGCAUCAACUGAAGCAAUCAGGAGUUAAGGGCAUGUUUGGAAGGCUAUCGGUUGCUGUCAUUGUGCUGGUGAUCUGUACUGUUUCGCUUUUGUCCACUGUAAAGAGCAACACUCGAUCCUUGUCUCAAUCGGAGGUUGAUGUGGAUAUGCUUUGGGGACCGGCUGCUUCUGGUGGGUGGCGGCCAUCAUCUGCUCCAAGAUCUGAGUGGCCCCCUCCUCCAACAGAAACUAAUGGCUACUUACGAGUCCGUUGUAAUGGUGGCCUGAAUCAGCAGAGGAGUGCGAUUUGCAAUGCUGUUCUUGCUGCUCGAAUCAUGAAUGCCACACUUGUGCUGCCUGAACUGGAUGCGAAUUCCUUCUGGCAUGAUGACAGUGGUUUUCAUGGUGUCUAUGACGUUGAGCAUUUUAUCAAGUCAUUGAGAUAUGAUGUACAAAUAGUGGAAAGCAUUCCAGAAAUCCGGAAAAAUGGGAAGACCAAGAAAAUUAAAGCUUUUCAGAUGCGGCCCCCAAGAGAUGCUCCUAUCAGUUGGUAUACAACAGAAGCUUUAAAGAAGAUGAAAGAGCAUGGUGCUAUUUAUCUUACACCUUUCUCACAUCGUUUGGCUGAAGAGAUUGACAAUCCUGAGUACCAGCGGCUAAGGUGUAGAGUGAAUUAUCAUGCUUUGCGAUUUAAGCCUCACAUCAUGGAGCUGAGUAACUCAAUAGUAAAUAGGCUUCGUUCGCAAGGUCACUUCAUGGCCAUCCAUCUUCGCUUUGAGAUGGAUAUGCUGGCAUUUGCUGGGUGCCUUGAUAUAUUUACUCCAGAAGAGCAAAAAGUUCUGAAGAAAUAUCGAGCUGAAAACUUUGCACCAAAGAAACUUGUUUAUAGUGAGAGAAGGGCUAUUGGAAAAUGCCCUCUAACUCCAGAAGAGGUUGGUCUUAUCUUACGAGCAAUGGGGUUUGACAACUCUACCAGAAUAUAUUUGGCAGCUGGUGAACUAUUUGGUGGUGAGCGAUUUAUGAAGCCUUUUCGAUCUUUAUUCCCUCGGCUUGAGAAUCAUAAUACCUUAGACUCUACUGGUGAACUGGCGAAGAAUACACGUGGCCUGGUCGGGUCUGCUGUAGAUUAUAUGGUUUGUCUGCUUGCUGACAUAUUCAUGCCAACAUAUGAUGGGCCAAGCAACUUUGCAAAUAAUCUUCUCGGCCACCGCCUCUACUAUGGCUUCCGUACAAACAUACAACCUGAUAGGAAAGCUCUUGCCCCUAUCUUUAUUGAUCGGGAGAAGGGGCAUACAGCAGGUUUUGAAGAAUCUAUCAGGCGUGUGAUGCUGAACACAAACUUCGGUGGACCUCACAAGCGGGUCUCACCUGAGUCUUUCUACACAAAUUCAUGGCCUGAGUGCUUUUGUCAGAUAUCAGCUUCCAAUCCAGUGGAUAAAUGUCCACCGGAUAAUGUUUUAGAUAUCUUGGACAGCCAGUUGAAGACCGGAGGAGUUGAUGACUCAGAAUCUGUCACAUCAAAUUCAACAUCUGUGGCAGAUAAGUAGGUUUUUACAUCAAGAACUAGGUGACAUGGCCCGUAAUCCCUGCAGCUGCUACAUCAUCAUGCAACUGGGCCCACUAGGGGGUAUUUCUCCUAUUCAGGCCCUUUUAUUAAGCUAGUGCCAUGACUUUGAAGAAACUAAGGACAGUGGCUGUAGGUUGCUCGGGAAUGGAACUGCGACACAGGUAAAGAGUAUUGUUAUAGCGGAUAAAAGAAUCCUAGUGGUAUUUUUCAGAUGGAUGCUUUGUUUACAGAUUGUACUAAUAGACUGUAAAUGACAUGAUUAUUUUUGAAGAGGAAAUGGAAAUACAUUACUCA